AUUCCAUUCACCAACAACAAUAACAAUUAUAAUAAUAAAAAGACAUGAGUUCACCUAGAAAAUACGGUAUUGACAGAGAGAUCGCUGCAAAGCUGGCUGCAAAAUACGAUGUUGGCCGUGAAGCCCAGGCUCGUGAGUGGAUUGAGACAGUCAUUGGAGAAUCUUUUCCUCUUCCAGAAUUCCAACCCUCUCUCAAAGAUGGCGUUAUCCUCUGCAAAUUGAUAAAUAUACUUAUCCCAGGCUUUGUGAAGAUCAAGUCAUCAAGAAUGCCCUUUGUUCAGAUGGAGAACAUUGCCAAGUUCUUGGAGGGAUGUGAAAAGCUUGGGUGUCCCAAGCAUGACCUGUUUCAGACUAUCGACUUGUAUGAGGACAAGAAUCCUGGUCAGGUUGUUGAUGCCAUUUUCUCAUUAUCACGUCACGCCGCUAAAGCAGGAUAUGAUGUCCCUAUCCUUGGACCAAAACUGGCUGACAAGCAUGAAGUCGAAUUCUCAGAAGAGACAUUAAAUGCAGGAAAGCAAGUUAUUAACACCUUCCAGUAUGGAUACAGUGGCGGAGCAAAUCAGUCUGGCACAAGAACAGGACGUCGUGAGAUUGGUGGUGUUGAUCCCGGACGCAUCGAUUAGGUUGAAGUUUAAUGAGACAAUUGAUUAUUUAUUUAUUUAUUUAUUUUCUCGUACUAUGGGCUGCAUUUCCCACCUUCAAUGUAUUGCAAUAUGAACAACUUUAAAAUGAAAUAAUACCCUGCCUCGUUUUGCC